AUGGAGGUGUCCCGAAGAAAUCUGGUAAUGCUGGCGUCACCCGGCUCUGCACCCUCACAUCUGACAAAUAAUGAAAGCUCUUCUGAGCUUGCUGAGUUUUCAGUGGAUGAAAUCUUCUCCAAAUACUCAGUCCACCAAGUGCAGAAACUCCAUUACGAUUACAAGCGCAAUGUGGCCAAAGCCAAAGAGGACUUGCAUCGAUUGGUGGGCGAGAAAUACAGAGACUUGAUUCGAAUUGCCGAGGACAUUGAAGGAAUGAGCGAAAUGUCGCGUGAAGUAGACAAUCAUUUAUCUGACUUAUCCUACAAGCCGUCAAACUAUGUUUCCUUCGGGAGCAGCUCAUUGAGCAAGUUCGAUUCCAUGAUCAGACGGUCAAACGCACGAUCUUCAAGAACCAAAUCAUACAAGACAAUUCUCAACAACGUGAUCAAUAACAAACUCAUUAGCCUUGACCUUAAACUCAAGACUGACAAGUUGAAGAGAUCCUCCACGCUUGUAUUCAUGGCAAAAUUAUACUACACGAUCGGUGUAACAUUCAAGGAGACCUUGCGUCAGAAUCCUAACUCGAGUACGAAUCUUAUCAUUUUAAAAAACAGUUUCGUCAAUUACUUAGAGUACAAAAUCGCCACUUUCAAUACAGCGUCAGAGUCUCUCCUUGCUGAUUCAGAAAUAUUGUACUCCAAAGGAAAGCGUUUUGAUGAAGAUGGUGAUAUUGAAUUUUAUACAGACACGUUUGGUGACGAUGAGCAAGAAGAAUUAUCCGAUCUGGAGGAAAGUGAUUACUCAAUCCCUGUUCCAUCACAUUUCAAUUCUGCAAGUCCAAUCGUGAAUUACGUGCUCGCUUACAUAAUCGUCAACCAUGAUAAUGAAGCACUUGAUACUUUGGAGAAAGUGGCAGAUAAAUUCAUUACUUUGAGGCAGAAUUACCUCAGUAAGCGCCUUGAAUCGGUACAAAAGAGUGCAAAGAACUUGCCGAAACCAAAGAUUGACUUCUUCCCAAUAUUCAACUAUAUUGAGACAACUUGUUCAUAUGUCGACAAACUUUUUGUGUCACAGGAUACCGCAACUAAUGACUUGUACCGCCUAUUGAAAAGUGUAACCGACUGGAACGCUUCUGAUAUAAUCGGAUUUCACAACUGGUUCGAUGAAGAGAGGGUCAGUUUCGACUUGCGUCAAUACUUAUUACAUGUCCCGCCUGAGAAUACGGAAAAGAAAUUCUCCGCAUUUGCAUCCAUCGCAUACAAUUUUCUGAUCGAUUGUUUGGUCACUUGCAGUAAAACAAGUGACUUUGUGCAAUCUUCAAAAAGCUCAUUAUACUUGUUACAUAAUUUUGUGAAUGCUCUCCGUCGUGCUGAAGUUUUCUUCUUGUCGAAUACGUCCACCUGCUUUACUGUACAACUCCUUUCAGAGGCAGAUGUGGCGAAUCGAAUUCUCGAGUAUGUUCAGAGAGAUGUGCUUGAACAGCUAGUCAAGGAACACAUCAAUCUCUUGAGCCUGGAAAACACGAUGUCAAUCCGUCAUCUUGUGCAUCGAGAGAUAGAGCUGAAGUCGUUCAGAGGGACGGCCCUGCACGAGCCAUUUACUUCCUCUUUUGUUGAGUUAAUGGACAGUAAUAUCAAUGAUUAUAUCACUUCUGUUAUAAAUUUGACAACAACCGCACCAACAAGGCAGGAAAAUGAAUGCAGCGAAUCUGCUCUUCAUCAAUGGUUUCUGAAAACGCUCCAUUUUUUGAACCUUUUAAAAUUAUCAGAUGACAGCGUUCCUAGAAAAAUAUUCAAGAGCUUAGACCGGGAAUUCACUGAUCUCGAUGGUGUUAGUGGCUCGUGGGGCUCUUUUAGCAAAGAGAAAUUGCAGGAUACUUUUGGUAGAUUACGUCUGAAUGUUUUAAAGACAUUGCUUUCACAGGUUGAAAUAUUUUCCAAGUCCAUUGAAGACUUGGUUGAGGUGAAUUUGGAACAAGACAAACUAGACAUAAUCAUCUUCCUUUUGCGUAUUCUAAUUAUCACGAAGGAAAACACUUUAAACGUUGGAGACGAGAAACAGAUAUCUGCAAUCAUCACUUCAAUUGAUGUUAGCAUGACGAAAGCUUGUGGUAAAUUGUUUAUUGCAUUUUCCUCUACUCUCGAUGGUGAAACGUCUUUCGCUGAUAUUAUUGAAUCGAACAACUUUUUGAGUUUGGAUUCUGAUACUCUUCCUGUGAGACCACACAUUGGGUUGAGCUCUGCGUUUUAUUGGCUUUCGUUAAAGUUUUUUGACUCAGCUCAUUACAAGAAACAUGAAAUGUGCAACAUGUAUCUGAAUCAAAAUUUAAGAAGCAGUUUUGUUGAAGCAAAGAAAACAUGGAUUAUGAAUGAUAUCAUUCAGAAACUUCUUGAAUUCUCCAAGAAGGAUGUCGUGAAUGCAAAGGACAACGGAAAGGAGAUAGAAGAUACAAAAGCAGAAGUGGUAGAAGAGGAAGUCAAGGAAAAAGUUGAAGAGAAGGAAGAGGAGAAGGAACCAAAGGAAGCCAAUGAAGAACAAGAUGGAUGGGAAAACGAAGACGACUGGGAAGAAUCAGACUUGAACAAUUGUGGCAUAUCAGACAAGGAGUCUGCCGUAAAUGCAAGUCUUGGUGAUAUAAAUGAACAGGUUAGUGAUGCGAAUGAUGCUGUUGCAUCUGAAAAAAUGCUACCGGAACAAUCCAGGCAAUGUCUAGCCAACAUAAUAUUCUUACUUAGUUUCGUGGAAGAAGGGGGAGUUACUGAAACAAACAAAAAACUCACCGAAUUGAUAGAGACUCUAAAUGAGAAGAGUUCUGAGCCUUUGCAACACUCAUCAGUGGAAUACAUUGUGCGCAAUGUGACCGACUUUUACAAGUCUAGCAAGCACUUGUAUUUGCCCUUGCUGGCCAACUAA